CAUUGAUGUGUUAUUAUUGGGGGGGCUGGAGCAGUAAAAAAAGAAGAAGGAAAAAAAGAGCAGGGCUCAGCUGGGAGAGGUUGAGCGCGGGGCUGACGGGCGGCGGCGGCGAUGGAAGAACUUACGGCGUUCGUCUCCAAGUCUUUUGACCAGAAAGUGAAGGAGAAGAAGGAGGCGAUCACGUACCGAGAGGUGCUGGAGAGCGGGCCGCUGCGCGGGGCCAAGGAGCCCACCGGCUGCGCGGAGUCGGGCCGCGACGACCGCAGCAGCCCGGCAGUCCGGGCGGCCGGCGGAGGCGGCGGCGGAGGAGGAGGAGGCGGAGGCGGAGGAGGCGGAGGAGGUGCAGGAGGAGGAGGAGCAGGCGGAGGAGCUGGAGGAGGGCGCUCUCCCGUCCGGGAGCUGGACAUGGGCGCUGCCGAGAGAAGCAGGGAGCCGGGCAGCCCGCGGCUUACGGAGGCUAGAAACUAUCCAAGGCAUGCUAAGGUUCAGGCUACGCUGCUUCUCCCUGGCAAGGCGUUGAUGUUUCUUUUUGUGUCCCCGGAGCUGAAGGAUCGCAAAGAGGAUGCGAAAGGGAUGGAGGACGAAGGCCAGACCAAAAUCAAACAGAGGCGAAGUCGGACCAAUUUCACCCUGGAACAACUCAACGAGCUGGAGAGGCUUUUUGACGAGACCCACUAUCCGGAUGCCUUCAUGCGCGAGGAACUGAGCCAGCGGCUGGGGCUGUCGGAGGCCCGAGUGCAGGUUUGGUUUCAAAAUCGAAGAGCUAAAUGUAGAAAACAAGAAAAUCAACUCCAUAAAGGUGUCCUCAUUGGGGCUGCCAGUCAGUUUGAAGCUUGUAGAGUCGCACCCUAUGUCAAUGUAGGUGCUUUAAGGAUGCCAUUUCAGCAGGAUAGUCAUUGCAACGUGACGCCCUUGUCCUUUCAGGUUCAGGCGCAGCUGCAGCUGGACAGCGCUGUGGCGCACGCGCACCACCACCUGCACCCACACCUGGCCGCGCACGCGCCAUACAUGAUGUUCCCAGCGCCGCCCUUCGGACUGCCGCUUGCCACGCUGGCCGCGGACUCGGCCUCCGCCGCCUCGGUUGUGGCAGCUGCCGCCGCCGCCAAGACUACCAGCAAGAACUCCAGCAUCGCCGAUCUCAGACUGAAAGCCAAAAAGCACGCGGCCGCCCUGGGUCUGUGACACCUACGCCAGCGCCAACGUCGCGCCUCCCGCGCGGCGCUCAGCCUGCACGCUCUCUGCGCCCCGCGCUUCGCCGCUACCCUCUUCCGACCUCCGGAGCCCGCCCUCUUUCCGCUCCUUAUCCCCUUUCGCAUCCCGGACUUGGAGGGCUGGACUCCACGCGGGACCUGGGAUCCCACCAGGCGCACCAGCUCAGUGGCUCCUGCCCGCUUUCCUACCCAAGGCCCUAGAAUUCGGUUUUGUAGGAGCGGGUCGGGGAAGUCUGGAGAGAGACUGGACAAGGGAGUGCCGGAACCGCGGAGUGUGCUCACGAGAAGGCUGCAACGGUGGACUCUUGCAUAGAAAUAAAAUCUUGUUAACAAUAAAAAAUGAGCAAAAACAUUUUAAAAAAUAGAAAAGACAAGCCAGAGAGAAAAAGAGAAAGGGAACUUAUUUCUUAUUGUUAUUUGGCAGAAGCUGAAAUCGGAGAACGACAAGGAGUUAUUAAAGUAUUUUAUACAUUUAAAAAUAUGGAAAAAUAACCAGGACGAAU